AUGACCAUCAAAAUAUUUGAGACCAAUGAACUCAAAUUGCAGUGCAAGGAAACUGGAAUAACUGCUUAUGUAAAAACAGCAAACACACAUCUUAUAUUUUUCAAAACGUUACUCUCACUUAAAUACAUUGAUAAAGAUCAACAAUAAACUACAAACGGUCUAUCCUUAAUCAUCUUGCCAAGGGAAAAAUCAGAAAACAAGUUCUAUAGCAGUAAUCCCUGGUUCAACAUUGCUGCACUCCACAUGCCCUGCACUGUCCCUCACCGAAAAAGGUCAAUUAUAAUCCUAAAUCGUAAAUAGAUUAAACAAUACUACGUAUUAUAUUAAAGUUCAUGAAGACAAAUGAGAACAAAUUCAAAAUUAAAGCAGAAGAUACAUUGUUCCAAUUCCAAAAAUGGAAAAUAAAGAUAGAUGGAUCAGAUUAUUGGCUUGAAUUUCUCAAAAAAGAGAAAUAUAGAUCGCACAGUAAUUUCAGCUUCGAUCAACUGGGGAAAUAAUCAUCAUAUCCAUUGUAAGUUCAAGGGAAAAAUUUAAAUUCAAUUCUGAAAAGACUUGGAUCAGAAAUCUGGCUUGGAAUUUCUCCAUAAGAGAAAACACAAAGAGCGCACAGUAAUUUCACCUUCGAUCAUCUGGGGAAAUAAUCAUCACGCCCAAUGAAAAUCAAACAAAAAAAUCAAAGGAAAUCACAAAAGGAAUGGAUCAGAAAUCUGGCUUGGAAUUUCUCCGAGGAGAAAACACAAAGAGCGCACAGUAAUUUCACCUUCGAUCAACUGGGGAAAUAAUCAUCACAUCCAUUGGAAGAAAAAGAAUAAACGAAAUUCAGAAAGAGACGGAUCAGAAAUCUGGCUUGGAAUUUCUACGAGGGAGAAAACACAAAGAGCGCUCAGUAAUUUCAGCUUCGAUCAUCUGGGGAAAUAAUCAUCACUUCCGUCUCUGUCAUAGAUCUAACUACAAAUCAAAAGCAACUAAAAAAAGCAAAUCGUGAAAAAUAUCUCCAGAUCUGAAUAGAGAAAGCUCCACUAGAACUAGAGCGAAACGUGAGAAGACAGAACCGGAGAGGGUAGUAUGUUGCAUCUUCUCAUACGCGACGGCCAACGGAAAUUGACGCCGCCGGUAAUCAGUAAUAGAUGCGGCCGAAGAAGAUUUAAACGUGAAGAUCUAAGGGGAAAAUGUAUUAGUGAAGAAGAAGAACGGAGAUGAAGAUUGGAAUUGCAAUAAGAUUAUGAGGCAGUUAAAUCACCCGAAUAUGUUUCAAUAACUUCCUUGUAAAAAGUUCUUUUGGCCAUUUCUCAAAGAAAAAACAAGGAGAAGAAGAAACAUCAUUAAUCAAAUACACACAAAAACAUUGCAUUCAGAAUAUAUAAUGAGCUCUGGCGAUGGGGUUUCUCAAACAUCUUCAAAGAAAUCAAAAAAACCACAAUAUUCUAGAUUUACCCAACAAGAACUUCCUGCUUGCAAGCCAAUUUUAACACCAGGAUGGGUCAUUGCAACCUUUAUUUCCAUUGGCAUUGUUUUUGUGCCUGUUGGCCUUGCAGCUUUAUCUGCAUCACAAAGAGUGGUGGAAGUUGUAGAGCGAUACGAUGACUUGUGCAUUCCUUCAAGUAAAGAGGAUGAGAGCGAUUCAAAUCACGAGAGGGCCAAGUUUAUACAAAACGAUGACACGAAUAAGACAUGUGUUACGACCUUGACGAUCCCAAAGAAAAUGCAGAGCCCGGUUUUUGUAUAUUACGAGCUCGAUAACUUCUACCAGAACCAUCGCAGAUAUGUAAAAAGCAGAAGCGACAAGCAAUUACGCAGCCCGGAAUAUGAACGUGAUACGAAGCCUUGUGCUCCCGAGUCCAUGAACGACAAUAAGCCGAUUGUUCCUUGUGGACUUGUCGCUUGGAGUUUGUUCAAUGACUCUUUUGGGUUUAAGAUUAGCAACAGAGAUUUGCCCAUAAACCGAAAGGACAUUGCUUGGGGAAGUGACAGAAGGCACAAGUUUGGCUCUAAUGUCUAUCCAAAGAAUUUUCAACAAGGAAGCCUUAUUGGCGGUGGAAAGCUUAACGAAAGCUUACCGUUGAGUGAGCAAGAGGACCUUCUUGUUUGGAUGAGAACUGCAGCUUUACCAAACUUCAGAAAAUUGUAUGGGAGAAUAGAGAAUGAUCUUGAAGCCAACCAGGAGGUUACUGUGGUAAUACAAAACAAUUACAACACAUAUGUUUUUGGCGGAAAAAAGAAGUUAGUUAUUUCGACCGCGACGUGGAUUGGCGGGAAAAACGAUUUCCUCGGAAUAGCGUACCUCACGAUUGGCGGCAUUUGCUUUUUCUUGGCAAUAAGUUUCAUACUUUUGUAUGUCAUCAAGCCGAGGUCAUUUGGAGAUCCAGCCUAUUUAUCAUGGAACCUCAACCCAGACAUGAAUUGAACUUCUUCACAUUCGGUAAAGGCGUUUUACUACACCUUUAAAGUUCUAGUUCCACUCUUUCUUUCUUUCUUUUAUUUUUAUACUAGCAUUUUAACUCGUGCGAUGUACGGGUAGAACGAAUGCGUGUUUAUUCUUUCUUAGGUUUAUCUCAGACUUCAUUCCUUUAGAUUCUAACUUUUACGAUCUGUUGUUUUGUUGAGAGAAAAAUAAUUUUUCAAAAAAAAUUCAAUUCUACAUUUCAAUAUUUAAUUAUAUAAGUCGUAUAAAAUCAUUUUUUAGGAAAAUGAUUCUUUCAAAGAAAGGAAAAUUACCUUU